CCUUGUUUCCCUGUUCCCUUGUUCUCCUUUUCUCCUUGUUUCCCUCCUCCCUUUAUGUCGCUGUUCUUCUUGUUCGUUUGUUCCGCUGUUCCCCUGUUCCCCUUAUUCCCCUGUUUCCCUUGUUCCCCUUGUUGUCCUGUUGUCCUGUUCCCCUAUUCUUUUUGUCCUUAUUUUCUUGUUCCCUUCUUUCCCCUGUUCCUCUGUUCCCCUAGCUCUCCUUGUUUUCCUUGUUCCCCUAUUUCCCUUGUUUACCUUGUUCCUCUUAUUUCCCUGUUUCUCUUGUUCCUUUUUGUUCCCCUUGUUUCCCUUGGUCCCCUGUUACCCUGUUCCCCUUGUUCCCCUCUUCCCUUUUUUCCCUGUGAUGUCUUGUUUCCCCGUUCCCUUGUUGCCCGUGUUGCCUUGUUGCUCGUGUUCCCCUCAUCCCAUAUUCUUCUCUUCCCCUUGUUUCCCUCUUUUCCCUGUUUCCCUUAUCCCCCUUUUCUCUUAUUCCCUUAUUCCCCUGCAUCCCUUGUUCCCCUUGCUACCCUGUCCCCUGGUUUCUCUUGUUACCCUGUUCCUUUAGUCCCCCUUUUCUCUUUGUUCCCCUGUUCCCCCUGUUGCCUUCUUCCCCUUGUUCCCCUAUUUCCCUGUUCCUCUUGUUCCCCCUGUUUCCCCUUUCCCCUUGUUGCCCUGUUUCCCCUGUUGCCCUAUUCCCUUGUUCCCCUAUUCUCCAGUUCCCAUGUUCCCUUUGUUUGGCGGUUCCCCUUUUCUCCCUUGUUUACCUUGUUCCCAUUGUUGCCCUGUUCUCCUUGUUCCCCUGUUUUAUUUGUUCGCCUGUUCCCUACCUUUUUCCCCCUGUUGCCUUGUUCUCAUUAUUUCCCUGUUCCCAGUGUUUCCCUGUUUUUAUUUGUUCGCCUGUUCCGUACCUUUUUCCCCCUGUUGCCUUGUUCUCAUUAUUUCCCUGUUUCCCUUGUUUCCUUGUUUUCCUCUUCCCCUUGUUCCACUGUUUUUCUUGUCCCUCUUGUUUCCCUUUUUCCCUUGUUUCCCUUGUUACCCUGUUUCCCUUGUGUUCUAGCUUCCCUAUUCCCUUGUUCUCCUUUUUCCUCUUCGUCCCCUGCUCCCCUUGUUUACCUUGCUUCCCUCGUUCCCCUGUUCCCUUUUUCCCUUGUUUCCCG